AUGAAGACGCCUCAAUUAAGUUGUCAUUUGAAAACCCUAUCAUCAGCCACCAGAUUCUUUUCUUCUAAUUCCAUCAUCAGCAGCAGCGCCUCCAGAGCCAACUCUUUUAACAAUUUACCGAGUGCGGAUUGUGGGGAGGAGCUGGGGGAUAUGGCGAUAUCGGAUGCGGUGAUUGGGAAUUUGAUGACGAUCUACCUGGCAGUCAUAGCGGGGAUAAAGGCAUAUGGUUUGGUGAGUGGGCGGAGCUUUGGUGGUGGGUUCGUGAUGAUAGUGUCCAGCACGGUGGUGGGUUUCAUCUUGGUCGGCACUCUGACGUGGGACGUCACCCGUAAAGCCACGUACGCGAUUUCAGGCGAUCACGCCGCUUCCGUUCACGUUCAGGAGAUGUGCAAGGGUGGUAUUUGCUGGCACGGAGUCGCCGUUCGUUCGCCUGCUUCUCAGGUCCGCUUCAGUAUCCCUCAACGAAUUCCAUACCGUUUGUAAAAUUCAUCUUAAAAAUAAAAGAGAACAGUUUUGACGGUGUAAGUCUGUAAGAUAAAAUAGUGUUUGGUUAUGGUUUUCUUCUUCCCUUGAAUCUUGAUCGACUGAGAGGGAACAUAAGAUUGUAUAUAAAGUUAUAUCUAACGAAAUGAGAUGUGCUUUGUGGGUAAACAAUUCAAUCAUCAUUUCAUUUACCAACCAAAGCUUGUUUAGUUUCUUCCUAGUGCUUGAAACAGAGUAGUAGGUCCGGAGAAAGCUUAGUUUCUGUAAAGAAUGGUUGUCCAUGUUCCCAUAUAUAAUGGGAUAAGGGGAUGUAAGAUAGUAGUCUGCUCCCAAACAUCAGGUUAAGAGCAGCUUUCGUAGAAGAUUUCCGAAUUAUGA